CAGCUGUUUCUCUCUUCAUGAUUUGCAUUAUACCCACACCAAACCUUAUGGCAAAAACUCCCUUCCUCCCUGUUAUGUUUCUGCUGCUAUUUGCUACCUUCAGAGCUACUUUGUCUGCCAACAUAACCACGGAUGAAUCCACCCUUUUAGCCAUAAAAUCCCAUAUAACUCAUGAUCCACAUAAUCUCUUAGCAACCAACUGGUCCACUUCUAUCCCUGUUUGCAAUUGGAUUGGUGUCACUUGUGGAUCCAGACACCACAGAGUUACUGCUCUGAAUUUUUCAAGUAUGGAUCUCACGGGCAUCAUCCCAUCUCAAUUAGGAAAUUUAUCUUUCCUUGCCUACCUCAACAUUCGUCACAAUAGUUUCCAUGGCUCUUUACCUACUGAGUUAGCCAAUUUGCAUCGGCUGAAGUAUUUGAACUUUGGAAACAACAGCUUCAGUGGAGAAAUCCCAUCAUGGUUUGGUUGUUUUGCUCAUCUUCAAAGCUUGUUGUUGUACGGUAACAACUUCAUGGGUGUUAUCCCGUCCACUCUUGGCAAUUUGUCAAAACUUGAAACGUUGGCCUUCUACAACAACAACCUCGAAGGACAAAUCCCUAUGUCUAUGGGAAACCUUUCAAACUUGAAAGUGCUAUACCUCGAUGAAAAUUAUCUUUCAGGCCAUUUACAGUCGAGAAUAUUUGAUAACCUAUCUAAAUUGCAAGAAUUAAAUUUGAUUGGGAAUCAUAUUUCUGGUAGCAUUCCUAAUAGUUUAUUCAAGUGCAAAGAGUUGAGGUAUUUAUUAUUGGGGAACAACUCUAUGGAAGGAAGUAUACCCAUGGAAAUAGGAAAUUUGACAAUGCUCCAAUAUUUGCAUCUUGGUUACAACAACCUCAAAGGUUCUAUUCCUUCGUCAAUCUUCAACAUUUCCUCUUUGCUACAUAUUUAUCUGGGAUACAACAAUCUCUUUGGUUCACUCUCUUCCAAUACGUUCGAUCAUCUUCCUCAAUUAUCUUAUCUUGAUUUGAGCGCGUGUCAACUUAAUGGGAGAAUUCCAAUGAGUUUAUUCAAAUGCAAAGAGUUGGAAUAUGUACAUUUGGGUACAAAUCAUUUAGAGGGAACCAUACCAUUAGAAAUCUCAAAUUUAACUUCACUUAAAGUUUUCGUCAUCCAAUUCAACAACUUUUCAGGUACAAUUCCAUCGGUUAUCGGAAAUAUAACUUCUUUAGAGAUCAUUAAUUUUUUGGAUAACAACUUGACAGCUGUUAGAGAGUGA